AACCACACCAUUCGAUAGAGAAUUUAAUUCUGUAUCCAACACAACCAUUUAAAACACCAGCACAGAUACUGAAAUGAAUAUUGGCAAAAUAACUCGAAUAUCGUGCCAACUUUCCUUACGUUAGUAACUGUUGGUUGAUGUGUUAGAGAUUCUAGUAUCACUCGACCAAUUCUUGUGGCUGACGAAAUGAAGCUGAUGUUGAGUAGAAUAAAUUAUUUUGUAUUCGAUCUUUUUAGAACUACAGCAGAAUCAUCAUACAAAUACAAAAAUCAACGCCAAAAUCAAGCUCGGUGAUUAACAACCAUCGCAAUACUCAUCUAUAACAAUAAAAAAAAUAUAUAUGCGUUGUGCAGUAAAAGGUAUACUUGUCUGAUAAAGUGAUAAUGUUUUAUACAUCUCAGCUCUAUUAAUGAAGUGGCUAUUUGCACUUAGAUGCAUAUAUAUAUUCUUUGGAUUUAUCGCCGUUGUCUGUCUUCUCGAGAUCUAUCGACUUCGAGAAAUCUUUUUUCAAACGACUGAACAAGCAAUUCAUUUCAUACAGUCGAAAUUUUGCAAGAAAGAUCCUCAAGUAUCAAAAAUAGAUAAUUAUGAUCUAUCUCAAUAUAAAUACCAGUGUCCUCGUCAUCGAUAUGCGUCUCGAAUCAUUGAACGAAGUCCAUUAAUUAUCUACAUUGAACAGUUUCUUACUAAAAAUGAAAUCCGGCAUUUACUCAAAUUGACAGAACGGAACUAUGAACAUUCUGCAAUUUUUGAAUCGAACGGAGGAAAGAGUUUUAACAAAUAUCGAACAUCAACGUCAGCUUUUAUCAAAACCCAUGAAACACCCAUUGUAGAAUGCAUCGAAAGACGAUUCGCUCAAUUUCAAGGUGAUGUAGAUGUUGAUUGUAUCGAGCCAUUACAAGUGGUCAGAUAUACAAACGAUCAACAAUAUGAUCCCCACGUUGAUUGGCUAACCCAUCCGGACACUCUGAAAAAUGGUGGUCAACGAGUAACGACAUAUUUUACUUAUCUUCAAGUCAAUUGUUCCAUGGGCGAAACGGAAUUUGUAGCAAUUAAAUUUAAUAAAUCAUUACAUGAAAGAUUCUGUGAUAUUUUAAUUUGUGAUGAAGAAUCGACUACGCGUGGCCUUCGAUUUCGCCCAUUGCCAGGAAACACAAUCUUUUGGUAUAAUAUGAAUGAAUAUGCAGAACCUGAUGCUUUGACAAUUCAUGCCGGUCGUCCACCUGGUAAAGAUGGUGUGAAAAUUGGUUUAAAUGUUUGGACACGUCUAGACAAAUUUACCUAG